CUCAAAUUCUUAACAGACUCUGAAUCUGCCGCGCUCUACAAAACCGGAGCAGAUCACUGCUUCAUACCGAAAUUCCCAAAAUGUCCUCACCCCACUCGGACUCCGACACCGACUCCGACCAGAGCCAAUCCGGAUCCGAACCCGUCCGCCAUUCGGACCUCUCGGACUCCAUUUUCCGAUCAUACUUGGAAUUCACGAGCCGAUCAUCAGCCACAAACACCGACCUUUCCAAGAUCCAAUCUUUCCUGACCUCAUCGUCCUCCGGCGCUCUUUCAUGCCUCAUAUGCCUGGAGCGGAUCCGACCCUCCCACCCGACCUGGUCUUGCACCUCCGUCUGUUUCUCCGUCUUCCACCUCAUUUGCAUCCAGAGUUGGGCGCGCCAGGCCUCCGAUUUGUCCGCCUUGCGGGCUUCCACGCGCCUUCCCAUUUCUGCUCAGAAAGCGGCCGAGGUAUCCCUCUGGAACUGCCCCAAAUGUAGGGUAGAGUACCCCCAAUCCCAAAUUCCCAAGACUUAUUUCUGUUUCUGUGGAAAACUCGAGAACCCACCUAGCGAUGACCCGUGGAUUUUGCCCCACUCGUGCGGUGAGGUCUGCAAUAGGCCUCUAAAUCACAGCUGCGGCCACCAUUGCUUACUUCUGUGCCACCCGGGUCCCUGCCCGUCCUGUCCAAAGCUCGUAAAAGCUCGAUGCUUUUGUGGGUCUGUGCAGGACGUUCGGCGAUGUGGGUUUAAGAAUUUCUCAUGUAACAAUGUUUGUAAGAAGUUGUUGGCUUGUAGGAUCCACUGCUGCUCGGAGAUUUGCCAUCAGGGGCCCUGCCCGCCAUGCCCGGUUCGGGCAGUGUACCGGUGCCAAUGUGGGAAGAGAGAGGAGGAGAGGGAGUGUUGUGAAAGGCUUGAUUUUAGGUGUGAGGAGCCAUGUGAGAAGGUUCUUGGGUGUGGGCAACAUAAGUGUAGUAAAGGCUGUCAUUCGGAGGAUUGUGGACCAUGCCCAUUUCAGGGGAUGAGGACAUGCCCCUGUGGGAAGACAGUACAUGAAGGAUUGUCUUGCAAAGCCUCUGUGCCUUUGUGUGGUGCAACUUGUAGUAAGAUGCUUAGUUGUGGCUACCAUAGGUGCCCGGAGAGGUGUCAUCGUGGACAGUGCAUUGUGACUUGCAGAACAGUUGUCAUCAAGUCAUGCCGGUGCGGGAGCUUGAAGAAGGAGGUUCCUUGCCAUCAAGAUUUGACAUGCGAAAGGAAGUGCCAGAGACAAAGGGAUUGUGGGCGCCAUGCUUGCAAGCGUCGCUGCUGUGAUGGGGACUGCCCGCCGUGCUCAGAGGUUUGUGGCAGAAAGCUUCGAUGUAAGAACCACAAGUGCCCAUCUCCAUGCCAUAGAGGUGCUUGCGCUCCUUGCCCAGUGAUGGUGACGAUUGCAUGUUUAUGCGGCGAGACACACUUUGAGGUUCCUUGUGGUAUUGAGAUGGAUCAAAAGCCUCCCAGAUGUCCUAAGCCAUGUCCUAUUACUCUUUUAUGCAGGCAUGGAAAAAAUCGCAAGCCACACAAAUGCCAUUAUGGAGCUUGCCCCCCAUGUAGAGUACUUUGUGAAGAAGAAUACCCAUGUGGUCACAAGUGCAAGCUAAGGUGUCAUGGUCCUAGACCUCCUCCGAAUCCAGAAUUUACAUUGAAACCAAAGAAGAAGAAGUCCCUUCAUCAGAGUGAAUGUACUCCUGGUUCUCCAUGCCCUCCUUGCCCAGAACAUGUUUGGAGGUCAUGUGUUGGCCAGCACAUUGGGGUGGAGAGAAUGAUGGUCUGCUCAGAUAGAACACUAUUUUCCUGUGAAAACUUGUGUGGAAAUCCUCUACCUUGUGGUAAUCACUUUUGCACCAAAACUUGUCACCCGCUCAAGAAUCAGUCUUUGCCAUCAGUCCAGCAAGCAAGAAGUGAGCCUUGUGAGAAGUGUCAUCUUCCUUGCGGGAAGGAGAGGGAGCCUGCAUGUUCUCAUCCUUGUCCCUUGUCAUGCCACCCUGGAGACUGCCCCCCUUGCAAGGUGCUUGUAAAGCGAUCAUGUCACUGUGGUUCCAUGGUCCAUGUUUUUGAGUGCAUAUAUUAUAACAGCUUGUCUGAAAAGGAGCAAAUGGCAGCUCGUUCAUGUGGAGGGCCCUGUCAUAGAAAGUUGCCUUAUUGUAAUCAUCUGUGCCCAGAGCUUUGUCAUCCUGGUCAAUGCUCAUUCCCUGAGAAGUGCUCUAAAAAGGUUACUGUCCGUUGUGCAUGCCAGAGCUUGAAAAAGGAGUGGUUAUGUCACGAUGUUCAGGCAGCCUAUCGGAAUGCUGGUUCUGAUCCCAAAGAUAUAUCUAAGAAUCAAUUUGGACAUGCACUUAUUCCUUGCAAUUCUAAUUGCAAAAGCAAACUAAAGGUUAUUGAUUCAGAACUACAGUUGCGUAGGCCUAAAACUGUGGAGGUGAAGGAACCAGAUACUGAUAAGCAUGGACCAAAGCGAAAGAAAAGGCGUGAACGGGUGCAAGAAGUGACGCAAAUCUCGACACUGCAAAAAAUUGUUUCCAACGUGAAGCGGUUUCUUCUACUUGUUACACUUCUGUUGGUUUUAGUUGCAGUAUCAUACUAUGGCUACAAGGGUCUCCUCUGGCUCAAUGAUUGGAUGAAUGAAGUUGAAGAGAAAAGACAAGGAAGAUACCCCAGAAUCUAAGCCAUUGUAAACCCGCAUGAGAGGUUUACAUUACACACCAACACAGAUUUGAGUACUCACCCUACAUUAUUUUUACACACCGAAAUUUUGGUCCUUUUUACCCCUUAUUACCUCAUAUAUUUCAUAUAUACUUGUGCAACAAUUACCAAAGUAUCGGCAUUGUUUGUAGCCAACUUGUUUGUAUAACUCAUAAACUUUAGUUAAGAUGCCAAGUCAAACACCACUUCAUCCUCCUCCUUUGUUAUGCUAUUGUGUCCAUGACUUGUUCUUCAACCCAAGAAGUUUCUGAAUUCACGUGACGUCUGGUUUA